UAACAUCUUCAGUCAUGUCUGGGUGCAGACGCAUGUGGGGAGCUCUGCAUCCAAAGAAAGCAGCAACAGGAUGCCUGCGCUCACUCUGUUUGAUGAAAAUGCGGCGGCACCGAGUGUUCUUGCUGUGCACGGUGGGCCUGUGCGUCAUCUCCUUCCUGCACUACUACAAGGCCCUCCACUACGUCUCCCUGCUACGGGAGCUCUCCGCCCCGUACCCCAACAUCAAAUCCUUCAUCAUGGUCACCGGCUUCUUCUGGAGGGAAAAAGGCGCGUCGACGACCCCGAUCAGUCCUGCCUCCCCUGAAGAAGCCCCUCCUCUGCCUGUUCUCCGUCAAUCGGACUCCAAAGCUAGAGCUGUGGGAGGUGCUGUGGGAGGAGGAGGAGGAGGAAAUGGGGGUGGAGGAGGAGGAGGAGGUGGGGGAGGCAUGGAUCUGGGGUUCGGCGGAGUUGUGGUUGGAGGUCCUGGAAUCGUUGGCAGCGCAGGGCUGGAGAUGCGGUUAAGGGAGGAGCCAGCGCCGCCUCAUCCUUGGGAGAAACCUGAGGAGAACCAGCGAGGAGAUGCUCCAAACGAGGAAAUAAUUGAAGACCAAUUGAAACCUCGGCACCCCAGUAAUCCAGCCCAACCUGCCAGGCCUGAACUCCCAGAGGACCCAUUGGUAGGACAAGAGCAUCGGGUGGUCUUACUCAAGCAUCAUAUACCUGACCCUAUAGAAGCUAUGGGGGACCUCAACACCCGCACCUUCCAGCUCAAAGAUGACAAAACCCCGUUCUUUGUUCGAACCAAAGCUGGAGCCCUUUGCUUCAGGCAAGGGACCGAGGUAGCUACUGCAAAGGAGUACUCUGGGAAAGCAGGGGGGUCUUUGAAUAAUGGAGGCGGGGAAGGUGCUCGAGCUGUCGCUGCCGGGCAACGGAAACCUCUGCAGGUUCAGCAGCAGCCCUCUAUAGCUCCCAAAGCAAAGAUCAGGGCCAGGGGAAAUGGGAAACGGCUGGUCAAAUGUGUGUGUCGGCCGGGAUGGCACGGACCUUACUGUGGGGUUCCCACCAUGGUGUACCACUCCAAUCUGCCAACCAAGGAGCGGCUGACACCAAGAGAGACCCCACGGAGGGUGAUAAACGCAAUCAACGUCAACCAUGAGUUUGACCUGCUGCAUGUACGCUUUCAAGAGCUCGCCCAAGCUGUCGAUCUGUUCCUCGUUUGUGAAUCAAACUUUACUGCCUAUGGAGAGAAACGGCCUCUGGGUUUCCUCAGGCUCCUCCUCAAUGGUACGUACGACUACAUACGUCACAAGAUCCUCUACGUGUUCCUCGACCACUUCCCAGACGGUGGUCGGCAGGACGGCUGGAUCGCUGAUGACUACUUGCGUACCUUUCUAACACACAACGGCAUGUCCAGGGUGGUGGGCAACAGACCGGACGACGUCUUCGUCAUCAACGAUGCCGAUGAGAUCCCGGCACGUGAGGGCCUUCUGUUCCUCAAGCUGUUUGAUGGCUGGACGGAGCCUUUCGCCAUCCACAUGCGCAAGUCACUGUAUGGGUUCUUCUGGAAGCAGUUCGGCUCUCUAGAGGUGGUAUCAGGUUGCACGGUGGGGAUGCUCCGCGACGUCUACGAUGGCGAUGGAAUCAAGCUCCGCCGUCGUGAGUAUUACACCAUGCCAGGUUUCCGUAAGUACGAGAAUGACACUGGCCACAUCCUGGUGCAGUGGUCGGUGGGCAGCCCCUUCCACUUCGCCGGGUGGCACUGCUCUUGGUGCUUCUCACCUGAGGGGAUCUACUUCAAGCUGGUGUCAGCUCAGAACGGAGACUUCCCACGAUGGGGUGACUACGAGGACAAACGCGACCUCAACUACAUUCGCGAUCUGAUCAGGACGGGGGGCUGGUUCGAUGGCUCCCUGCAGGAAUAUCCCCCUGUGGACCCCAAAGAGCACAUGUACGCCCCAAAGUACAUGCUGGAGCACUACGAAAGGUACCGCUACCUCCUGGAGAACCCUUACAACAAAGCGUCCAGACUGAAUGAGGGCUAG